AUGGCAUCCGAUACAGAUACACUAGCAACUAUUGCGAGCCUUCGCGAAUCUCUUUGCUCCGAAGCUACCCCACUACCCGUCCGAUUCCGUGCCCUCUUCUCACUUAAGCAUCUCGCACGACACGAGACUGAUGACCGAGCCCUCGGAGCUAUCGAAGCUAUUGCAGCCGCCUUCAUAUCGCCAUCGGCACUGCUCAAACAUGAGUUGGCUUACUGUUUAGGCCAAUCCGCUAACCUAGCAGCUGUCCCCCACCUUCAGAAAGUCCUAGCAGAUCUGCAAGAGGACCCCAUGUGCCGCCACGAAGCAGCGGAGGCCUUGGGUGCUCUUGGCGAUGCUGGGAACUUGGAGAUUCUGCGCAAGUAUCGUGAUCGUGAGGGAGAAGACGUUGCUGUUAAGGAGACCUGCGAGAUUGCUAUCGACCGAAUCGAAUGGGAGAACUCGGAACAACGAAAGGCGGAAAAGCUUCACCAAAGCGACUUCGCUUCUGUUGACCCAGCUCCUCCGAUGCCCGACUCUACGCAGACUGUCCAAGAACUAGAGAAGAGCUUAAUGGACACGAGCCAACCCCUCUUCCUCAGAUACCGUGCCAUGUUUGCACUCCGUGAUCUUGCAUCGCCGCCGGACCUCCCGACAGCUGUUCCCGCCGUCCAUGCCUUGGCCAAGGGAUUCGCAGACCCGUCGGCCCUAUUUCGCCACGAGAUUGCGUUCGUCUUUGGCCAGCUCUCCCACCCGGCUUCGAUCCCAGCCCUCACCGCAGCAUUAAGCAACCUCAAGGAAGCUAGCAUGGUGAGGCACGAGGCGGCGGAGGCGCUUGGAAGCCUUGGUGAGGAAGAAGGCGUCGAAGAAACCUUGAAGCGAUUCCUUCACGACGAAGAGAAAGUCGUGCGCGAGAGCAUCAUCGUUGCUCUAGACAUGGCUGACCACGAGCAAUCAAAUCAAGCAGAGUACGCACUCAUUCCGGAGGCUCCAAAGGUAGUAGCAUAG